GUUCCCUCCCCCAGGCGGAGCCGACACCAGUAAGCAGGGGGGAGCGGUUGGUAGAGAUGCUGGGGGACAGGAGUCGUCAGGAGCCGUACGACUGGUUAGUGCGGGUCCUGCGGGAGGAAGGACAGGACUUCCUGGCGGAGGAGAUGGAGGAACAGGAGCGGCUCCGGGAGCGGUUCUUCGGCAUCGGGGAACAGCAGGCGGCACAACCUGGUCAGCAAACGGCACAGAGGGAACAUUUCACACAGCAAAGUCAAGAAACCAUGCAGAAACAUAUACUUUAUCCCGGUACGUAUGCGGAUGACGUCACAACACCUUCCGAAGUCAAGUGUGUGAUUCUGGGACUGACGGAGGCAGGGAAGACCAGUCUGCUCAACUGUAUGAUGAAGGGUCAAGGUCACGUGGAGACUGAGACUAACAGAACCAUCGGUGUUGACGUCAUCACUUACCAUGACAACAAGAAUAACGUCAAGUACGAGAUGUAUGACUUCGGAGGUCACCAGAUCUACCACUACACGCACCGGUUCUUCCUGACACGUCAGGCCAUGCACAUCCUCAAUGUAGACCUGCCAGGAUACAAGUCAGAAGAGUUCCAGGAACGAGUGGGAACGUGGCUAACAUCCGUGACUUCCCACGUGUUCAACCCGGCUAUCCUUGUUGUAGGAACCAAAGUCGACCUGUUCCCGCCAGGCAAGGUCGAGGAGAUGAUAGCAGCAGCUUGUUCCUCCAUCCAGAGAGACAUCCAGGCCACUGAGAGUAAAAUACAAACCAAGCUGAACGAAGAGAUCCAACUCUGUCAGAAGGCGGUGGAUGCAGCGGACGGCAAAUCAGACCUUACCGGACCUUUCUACGGUCUCACAAGAGACGACAUCUUGACCAAGAAAGAGUCACUGGAGAAGUUACUCGACGGACGACCCAAAGGUCUGUUAAACGUACAGGUUAUCCCGGUCAGCAGCAAGACGUUCCAGGGUAUUGAAGCUCUGUGCGACAAGAUGGCAGAAAUGGUGAAGGACGAGCGAUUGUUCCCUGCUGCCCGCCAAGAGCUGCCGACUUCCUGGACGAAACUGUCAGAAAACAUCAAGACUUCAGUACGGCCGUACCUUCAUGUCAGGGAUUGUCAGGACGUCGGAGCAGCUACAGGGAUGAAGGAGUCAGACGUUCUGAACGCACUCAGCUAUCUGCACGUGACCGGACAGAUCCUGUUCUACAACCACAUCAGGGGGAUGGAAGAUCUGGUCUUCCCGGACCCAACCAUCAUCCUCACACUCUUCAAGCAGAUCUUCAGGCAUGACCUACCGGUAUAUCUGGACAGCAUAGCAGAGUCUCUCUCUGAACAUACCAGAGCGCAGUUUGCUGAAGACAGGGCGUCCUUCCUGAAGACGGGCAGGGCAAGUGAUCGUUUCAUGAAGAACCUGCUUGGAGACAACAUUGCCACCUUCAACAGUCUCCUUCCCCUGAUGAAGCACUUCGGCCUGUGUUACUCAGGGUCGGUAAUCUUUCCAACAGAGCUUCCUGCCGCCCAGCCUGGCGAGGUGGCGCGCUGCUGGCCAGAGGUUGUGCCAUCAGGCGGAGAGGAGAUCUCUGUUACUAUAGAGUACAGCCAAGAGCCUCCUCUGGGUCUACCGGAAACCAUGGUCUCCCGUAUCCUGUCCAUGGAGCAGACCACACGCCGUCUCCUCACCAAGGACACAGUUGUCGUUCAUGUUGGAGAGAACUCAGAAGACGUCAUGUACCGCCAUUUCCCUACAAGAGAAGAAAUCCGGAUCCGGGGAGAGCCGGAGAAGGCGUGGCGCCAGGCUCAGACGGUAGCGAGGGUGAUGGAGGCCUGUUGGGACGAGUUUCCUGCCUUGUACUUCAGUAACAGUGUUGGAAGCGGAGAAACAGCAAAGUCGCUUACUAUAGAGGCUGUGAGGCGUCACGUGCCGGGUGACUUGUUGAGGAUGUCUGAAGGAAACUGGGAACGGCCAGUCGAACUUCCUGACGUCAGAACGUCGAAGGAUGUUGUUGGCAAGUCCUUCAUCGACAACCGGCUGUACCAGGUCAGCAGGACUGUUGGUGAGGAGGAGCAGCUGUGGACCCGGAUGGGACAGGAGCUGGGGCUGAACAGGGCCGUGCUGGACAACAUAAAGGGGGAGUACGUAUUAAGUGACACCCAGCAGACGUUCCAGAUGCUGAAGGCGUGGCGCACCAAGACCCCCCACGGAUCGCUCCACUACCUGCCGCAGCUGGAGGAAACACUGCAGAGCAUGGGCAAACCGGACCUGGCUGCAGCUGUACAGGGGGUGUAUAAGGAGUACCGUGAUACCUUGCCGUCACAAGAGCUCAAUCCGCAGAUGACCGGAGACACCGAAUGGUCCCUCCGCCUGCCAGGUGAAGGGAAGUACCUGUGCAGACGGACCGACCUGGGCGUGGUGACGCCCUACCCGCUGCACGUGACCUACAGGAGUGCGAACUGGUCCGACAACUGGCAGCAGGUGGGGGAAUGGAUGCCGGUGGGUCCGCUCUUCUCCAUCCAGUGUGAGGACGUGGAGGGGCCGGUGGACAUCCUACUGCCGCACGUGCUGUGUCUGGCUGAUGCAACAGAACUCACCACAGAAGACCUCCAAGUCGUGCACGUGGUGGGAGAUUCUCCCGAGCUGCUGCCGGUUACAGAACUCACCCCCUCCCACGCGGUGACCAGGUUCAAGAAAGGCAGCCUGUUUGGGGUGGUGGGGAGGACAGAAAAAGUCCUGGGCAUCUCCAGGAACGGGCUGCUGACGGCUUUUGCUUGCGAGGACGACUCCGACAUUUCUAUGUUGAAAGUUUACAUCGUCUCAAAUACAAGGAUCAUGAAAGAGACCAUUGCGGAGGACGAAGAGAAGCUGCAUUUCUCACUGCGCGACUACAAGACCUGCCGACUAUGCCCUGGUGAUACCUACUACCUUGAAGGGAGCGUUACGAACGGCAGAGACACGUUUGUAUCCUCAUCGCCGGAGUGUCUCAUGUUCGAAGACACUUUCGACACUAACAAGUUCUACGAGCCGUUCCGGGUGGAAGUUAGUGCCGACAUUUGGAACUGCAGCACCACCUCGCGGUUACACUUGGAACUGUUGGAGAAGAGCAAGGAUGGCUCCAAGGAAUUCAUAUCAGGACUGACCCUGGGUCGCUACAAGCAAAUCUUCACGGCUGAAGGAUCCGACAGCGGUCAUUCCACACCCACUCAGCAGGCAGAGUCUGUGAGGAGACAGCCGGAUUCAACAAGGAUUUCAGGCAUUCGGCCCUACUUCUACUUCAUCAAGGAAGCCGUGGCCACUGACUGGAGAGACUUGGCCUUCCACUUGGAGAUUGAUCCUUCAACCAUCGCCAACAUUGCCGGGAGAAACCCUGACGACAAGGCCUGUUGUAUGGACAUGCUGACGGAGUGGGAGAAGCGCCGCGGAGACGCAGCCACCAUAGAGGUCCUGAUGACUGCUCUGUCCGAGGCGGGGCUACAGAAGCCUUUAGAUGAACUCAAGAACAAAUUCCCAGGUAGUCUUAUAUCUGUGACAUCUCUAAGCUAUUCAGUUAUUUUCAAAGAACAUUUUUAA